CGUGUAUAUAUAACUUAAAAUAUAGUAUAGCACAUGCAGUUAUUUGUAUAUUUUACGAUAGUUUAUUCACAAAUUGAAAAUUUAAAAUAUCUUUUACGAUGGAAAAGCAUGUAAAAUCAUUGACAAAUUACAAUGUGGAUUCUCAAUUUAUGGCUGUGUUAACUGCAAUAAUUGCGAUUAUUGUAACUAUAGUGUUAUUUGCCAUAUGGCACAGGAAAAGAUCUAUAGGAAACAAUAUAUUAUUAACUGGUCUCAGUGAUGCUGGUAAAACACUGAUAUAUGCACGUCUACUUUGUUCCAAAUUUGUUAAAACACAUACAUCUGUAAAAGAAAAUAUAGGAGAUAUUAUAAUCAAUAAUCAUUCCUUGAAGAUUGUUGAUAUACCUGGACAUGAACGUCUGCGUUAUAAAUUUUUUGAUCAAUUCAAGUUAUCCACAAAAGGACUUGUUUAUGUAAUUGAUUCAGUGACUUUCCAGAAAGAUAUCCGCGAUGUAGCAGAAUUUUUGUACAAUUUACUCUCUGACUCUGCUGUACAAAAGAAACCAGUGCUUAUAUUGUGCAAUAAACAAGAUCAGACUAUGGCAAAAGGUACAGCUGUUAUAAAGACUUUGUUAGAGAAAGAAAUGAAUUUACUACGUAUGACAAAAGCAAAUCAAUUAGAAGCUACAGAUGCAUCAAUAACAAAUGUUUUUCUUGGCAAGCAAGAGAAAGAUUUUGACUUUUCUCAUUUGGAUACAAAUAUUGAAUUUGCUGAAUGUAGUGCAUAUAAUAAAGAUUCUGAAACCUCUACAGAUAUUGGACAAUUAAACAAUUGGUUGAAAAAAAUUGUAUAAAAAUAUCCUUUCAUUUUUACAAAUAAAUUAUUUGUUUUUUUAACUUU